GAAAUAGAGGGUGGAUUGAGGAUAACGAUCGAGUCAAUGAACCUGUAUAGGGUGAGUGCGAAGCAACUCCACACAAACGGUAGCAAAGAGAAUAGUAUAAGAGAAUCGGACGACGACGAAGACAAAGACAGUGGUUGAUCAUUGGUGGACAGGAUCCGGGAAAGCUCAGUGGUGGGGAGAGUAUAGUGCAGGUUGUGCGAGUCCAGGUGAGGAAGGGUGCGAGGAAGACGUGAGGUUUAUCGUCGACGGCCGCAAGUCCGCGACGUCGACGCGACGAGUUUAACGGGAGGGAGAAUAUAUAGUUUUCUCUCUCUCUCUCUCUGUAUAUAUACACACACGGAGGAGCGUCGUUUCAGAAGAAGGUGGAGGAAGAGUUCCAGUGGAAGGGGUUCUUGUGCUGUGACGAGGAAGGGGGUUAUAACAGGGAGACCAGAGAGGGUGGAGAAAGAGGAGACUUGCAGAGGACAGAGAAGCCUCCUCUGUCGGGGGACAGAUCCAUCGUGCGUCUAGAACACGACCGAAGGGAAGUGACGAUCCUCUAAAUCUUUAUCUAUAUGCAUAGAUCGGAUCUAUGGAUCAUGAAUGUUUUUUUUAAUUCGUUUUGAAUUUUAACCGAUUUUGAAAGUCGGUUCCUGAUUACAGUGAUUCGUGACUUAGUGGUGUUUAUCGAAAGGAUUUUAUGUUUUUGAAAACUGAAUUAUUGGAUCAUUAUAAUUUUAUAUGAGAAUUGAGAGAAUUUCGCGAGUCGAGAUCAAGGGACGAUCGGUUGUGGAGCGCAUGGCUCACCGCACUGGAACUGACGUUCUCAACAGUAUCUGGGCUUUAUUUUUUUGCAUCCAGCGAUGAGAUCCAAGCCGGUUGCCAGAAGACUUGCACAGGGAAGCAGCGACGAAGGCGAGACAGCAAGUGGAACGGGAGGCGGAGCGGAUGCCUGUGGGGGCGGAAGCGAAAACGCAGAAAUGGAGGAAAAUAACUUUUCGCAAUCCUAUACGGGCAACAAUAAUCCCAUUUUUCGCGACCUUAAGCCCCUGCACGCAACCAGUGCGCACGACUUGUCACAGGAUUAUUCUUGUGCUCGAUCAGCACAUCAGAAUAAUUUUCCUUCACCAAUAAUUGAAAGAUCGCCUAUCAAAAAAGAAGCCACAUCCGAGGAACGUGAAGAUGAACGCAAAUCCUGGGAUUUUAGUAUGAAAAGUCUUGAUUAUACGAGAUUUGUCAAAAAAGAGUCAUAUCAAAAUGAAUACCCUGUUGUGAUAAAACAAGAGCCCUUGGAUCAGAAAGAAUUAAUUAGUCGUGAUUGGAUAUCGCCUGUACCGGAAGUUGAAAUUGGAGGCUCAGGUCAUGGAGGUCCGUUUGUUCGAGCACGAAAGGAUAUUCCCAGGGGAGCGAGAUUUGGUCCAUUUCGAGGAAAGUGGGCCAGCCAACCCUUUAAUCCUCGUUACGCGUGGGAGGUCAAAGUUCCGGGAAGUGGAGCGAGAGGAUGGUUUGAUGCAUCUCAUGAAACGAGUAAUUGGCUCAAGUAUAUUAGAAGUACAUCGAGUCCACACACUAUCAACAUGCGACACGUUCUCAUUGGAGGAGAGGUUGUAUACGAGACAGUGCGAGAUGUGUCAGCCGGUGAAGAGUUAUUGUUGGGUCUUCGAGAGCCACUUCAACUUCCAGACUUGUUCGGGGAAAACACGACCGAAGACAGAAGCGAUCGAGAGACCGCUUCUCAACACAGCGAAAAUAUAGACGAAGAUAGAGAGGAGGAGGAUGAAAGCGAAAUAAAAUGUCCCGUCUGCGAUAAACCGUUUCAAGAUAUCGACGUUCUAGACAAUCAUCUGGUGACGUGUCAUCGAUAUCCAUCAGAGCAACAUCGCUGUGAAAAUUGUCCCAGUGGUUACACCUGGCGUCCAUUAUUGGUACGUCAUCGCUCCAUUGUUCACGGUGACCUACGUAAAUAUCUCUGCGAGAAUUGUCCAAAGAUUGAUGAUUCACAGGUUUUCACCGAUCCAUCAAAUCUUCAACGACACAUCAGAUCACAUCACGUAGGCGCCAGGAGUCACGCUUGCACUGAAUGUGGAAAAACAUUCGCCACCAGUUCCGGUCUCAAGCAACACACUCACAUUCACAGUAGCGUGAAACCCUUCCAAUGUGAAGUUUGCCUAAAAGCUUACACCCAAUUCUCCAAUCUAUGUCGUCACAAACGGAUGCACGCCGUCUGUCGUACUCAAAGCAAAUGCGGCAAAUGUGGACAGUCCUUUAAUACCUCGACGUCCCUCACGAAGCACAAGAGAUUCUGUGAUUCCACAACAUCCGCUGGACCACCAGGAACAAUGCCUCAACUUCCAACAACCGCCACAAGUCCCUUUUUGGUUUAUCCCCGUUUACCUCCCGUCUCCUUGCCCGGUGGACUUCCAUUUUAUUCUCCAAGUCUCAUGACCCACUAUCCCGGAAUGUUCCCCGGAGCUUCGAAUAUCCUCAACUCAUCACUUUUAUUCUCUCCGAAAAUGGAAGAAACGGAGAAACGAUGCUUAAGCCCCAAGAAGGAACGUUUGGAGAAACUUUCCUUAAGUCCCAAGAAGGAACGUUUCACUCCUCCACAAAUCGUUCCGCAACAAAGCAAGGUUUCUCCAUCCACUGCUGAAGAAGCGACCUCAACCUUCAGACCAUCGCCAGCGAGACCUCCAGUUAAGCUCAGUCCAGAACCAAAAGAAGAGAAAGUAAAUCUACCAAAAGAGGAGAAAGAAUCCACCGAAGGCGAUCAACCCCUAGACCUUCGAGUUCAAACGAAGAAAAGGCCAGCAACUCCCUUGGAAACGACUCAAAAACGAAAGCGUAUUCCCUCUCCUGUACCAAUUCCCAUAGAAGAACCACCUCCACAACCAAAGGAAGAGGAAGAGAAUAUCAAAGUCAAGGAAGAUCCAAGUCCUCCAAGAACUUCCGAACAAGCGCCGAAUCCUCCCCACAUGGCCUACCCUCGACCGAUUCAUCCCAUGUUCCUUGAUGCAAUGUACAGACAGUCAAGUUUCCCAGGAUUUCCCACAGCACCACCACCUCCAACUGGUGAACCUCGACUCCUUCCUCCAUUUCCCUCCUUCGGACCUCCUCGGGGUCUUCCUUUUUUAGGCUCCCUGAUGAACGGUUUCAACGCCGCUAGGCCCGGUUCCUACGAUCAUCUUCUCGCCAGACCAUCGUUACGUCCCUUCGACACCUAUUCCGACACUGUGAUACCCCAUCAUCAUCAUAAUCACACCCACGGUAAAAUGAAGGAUCGCUAUUCCUGUAAAUUCUGCGGCAAGGUCUUUCCGCGAUCGGCUAAUCUCACAAGACAUCUUCGAACACACACCGGUGAACAACCUUACAAAUGCAAAUACUGCGAGCGUUCCUUCAGUAUUUCGAGUAAUCUUCAAAGACACGUGAGAAAUAUUCACGACAAACAGAGGCCAUUCAAGUGUCCUUUGUGCGAUCGUUGUUUCGGUCAACAGACAAAUUUGGAUCGUCAUUUAAAGAAACAUGAGGCUGACGAUGGAAGUGGUGUUGUUUCGGUUGCCGAUUCUCCAGGCAGUAGCAACGACAAUGAAAGGGAGGAUGCAUACUUUGAUGAAAUUAGAUCAUUUAUGGGUAAAGUUACAUACGGUGGAGAGAGUAAUUAUGGAUUACAUCAUCCUGCUUAUUUGCCAGUGAGAUUGCAUGAGAUGCAUGAACCAAAGGGCGAUUUCGACGAUGAUGAGGAUAGCGAGGGAGCAGUCUCGCCAAUCGAUGAAGCCGAGGUUUUGUCUCCCAUUGAUCCUAAGGAUUCGGCGUCACCACAUUUUGAUCUUAAACUAAGAGACAAGCAAAAGAUGCUCAACAACAAUACUGCUGAAGGUGUGAUUGAGGUCUCCACGUAGCCAAGACCUUCUCGAUAUCCGCGACGUUAAUUAUUUUUUGUAAAUUCAAUCGUCUCAAAGAAUUUAUGUUGAGAAUUAAUCUUUCUUACGUUGGAACAUCAAGGGUCAAUUAUUGUAUAUGAAACCUUGGACUACGUAAUUUUUAAAUUUGUAAAUUUUAGAUCACUAGUCGAUGAAUUUUUUUUAAUGAUUAUUACCCAAAAGCCUUUGAACAAUUUCAGUUAGACAUUUACGGAAAUUUAUUUGGUUUAGUGAUUCAAUCUGGAAUUAAUAACAAAUAGAUUAUAAUUUUAUUAAAUUUAGAGAUAAAAGUUCAAGUAUAUAAAAAUAUGAUAAAAUAACAGUAAUUUAGAACAAAAAGAUUUCAAUUAACUGAAAUUGCGGAAAAAUAAAUAAUAGAAAAAAAAAUUUAUACAAAUUUGUACGAAACUGGAAUCACAAAAAUUAAAACAAAGACACUAUUUUAAAAAAAUAUUUUCUAACAAAAAUUUGGUUUAACGGAUUUUGGGAAAUAAUUUGUCUCCUAUAAGAAUUUUUGCAAAAUAUAUUUGAUAUUAAUCAAUCACAAGUGUUAUGUUACUGUUAUAUAAAAGUUACAUCAAAAUAUUAAAAGUAAUAUUUGGAUAAAAUAUUUCGUAACACUGACAAUUGUUAAUUGAAAAAACACAAAAUGCAAAAAAAUUUACAAAGCUUUUAGUUAGAUCCUAGUUGUUUUAUAAAAAUAAUUAAUUAAUUAGAAUACGUAAUUUCCAUCUUAUUAUUAUGCAGUAUUUCAUACAAUCCCCUCCGCUCCGCUUUAUUUUAUUUAUUAUUAAAGAUUAUCAAAAUUGGAAAACAAAAAUUACCGAUGGUAAUCAGAGGGAGAUUGAGAGAGAAAAAAAGAAUGGAGGGAGGUGGAUGUAAAAAAUUUUUAAAGAAAAAGUGAGAAAUGUUUUGUCUAUCAAAAUUUAUAUAGUUCAGAAGUGAAUAUAGUCCAGAGAAGCCAAAGUGUGAGAAAGGAAAAGAAAAAAAUGUUGAGAGUGUAUUUAAAUAAAAUUCUAUGAUGUGUACAAAUUUUCAAGUAGGUGAUAAAAAAAAGUUUGUAAAAAAAACAAAAACGAAAGGUUUCUGUAAUUUGUAUUAAUAUAAAUUGAAUAUAUGAAUAUAAGGUUAUUAGCGAAAAAAACGUUACUCAAUUCUUCUUAAAUGGAAUAUAAUCAUUGUUUACGAUUUCACGGUACUCGAUAGCAAAUUCAGCGAUCCGACAGGUGCGUUUCAUCGGAUUAAAAAAUAAAAUGGAAAAGCACAUUGCAAAACACACAAAUUUGCAAAAACACUUAUUUCUCCCAUAGUAAAUUCACCAAAUUAUUAUCUAUUACAAUAUAUAUAAUUCUAAAAAGACGUUAUAUAUCCGUGUAAUUAAUAAUUGCAUCGUUCCUUUUGUAUUUAUGACACGACAAACGAAAACUCUGCUGCUUCUUUUUGUCCAACGAAUUUUUUCAAAUAUACAUAGUCUACAAAUCUUUGUCAAAAACUAUAAGCGAUAGUAAUCUUACGAAUUUAUUAAAUAUUUACGUCGCUCGAAUACUUAAGAACGAUUAUAAUAACAAUUUUGUCUAUCUAUACAUACUGUAUAAAAGCAACUGUACUUCAUCAUUGCAAUUAAAAAUUAUACUUAAAUUUAA